CUAGCACAGCAGUUCGUGCUGCUGGAGCAUAGUGCUGAAGCAAAUGCACUUGUCAGUGAAGUUCGCUGUCAAGAUAAAGCAACAUAUCCUGUAAAGCAGGGUUUUAGUUCACCGUUUUGUGCUAUUUAGCAUAGCUUAACUUUUAGGACCAUGGCUGCCAAAAUUUUGCCUGUAGUCAAGUUUGCAACAAAACUUACCCUUGCAGGUGGCGCCCUUUAUGUUGCCUAUGAUUCAGGGCUUCUUGGAAAUGGUAAAGAGGGAUCUGUCGCCUUGGGACGAGCUAAAGAUGCCUUCCCACCUGCUGUGGAGGAGUGGAUGAAGUAUUUCGGCUUCCAGCUUCCUGCCACGCCCAAAAUUGAGUUCUCACCACUGGAUGCAUGGAACUCAGGGGUCCAGAAGUCUUUCCAUGCCCUAUCAGUCGCCCCGUCCACAGCUAGUGACUACACCAAACAAGGCCUCCAGUACGUUAAAGACCUCACAAAAUGAGCAUUUACAACUUUAAAACGAGUAAAAGUUGCUAUUUGAAACAUUUCAGUGGAUGAGACUUACUCACUUCAAGAAUAUGUGCAUAUAUGUCACAGACUAAAUUCCGUUUUGAGGAACAAAAAGUAGAAUGAUUAAAAAAUAUGAAUAUAAUAAUGGUAUUGUUUAUUCAGUUUUUUUCCCCUUUGGUAACAGUUGUAAAGCUUUGAGAGGAGUCAAAAAUAAUUUGAAGAUCAUAAUAUAAGUGUUAUCUAUAUGUGUAUUGUUAUUCAAGUCUCUUA